UCCGACUUUCUGUCUAUUUUCUGGACUCAGGUUAAUUGUCGGCGUAAUCAUCUGAGCCGAAAGUUGAAUACUGAUUCCUCCACUUCACUCUGCUCAGCCAGCGGGGCUGGAACAGGAGGCCUCGGGGGUCAUACUGUAAGCCCUAGCUGUAAUUCUCGUCAACUUGUCCGCGCCGCUCCCAUUCAUGCAGCCAACACAACUGCCACAUCCUGCCACUUGUUUGGUCAUGUGAUGGGUGCAAUACGUGGAGAGCGACGAGGAAGUAGCAGUGGAAUCGGAGCAAAAAGUUGUACUUCCAAUGGCGAGUGCAACCAGCAAGGCGCUAUGGAAACUUCAAGUUCAACUGCUCGAAUUUCAUGUCUUGCGACAGCUGCAGCUCUGGGGAACGGGACGCAGUCAGCCGUUUUUCGCUCCAGCACCAUAAAUACUACCUCCUCUGUAUCUAACUGCAAUCUGGCCAUAGCCAUGACAGCAAAAGAGCCCAUUCAGGCAAACAGUCAGGAUAGUCCUCAAUCGUUUCGGGAAGUUGAUUCUCCUCAUCCUCUUUCAGCGUCAGCUCGGUCUUUUCAUGGAAUUCAGUGCGCCAAUUCGUGUGGAAUGUCAACUGUCGGUGCGGAUUUUAGUGAUAAAAGAAGGAUCACCGAGUCAAUUUCACGGAAGGCAAGGUCUCCUGCAUCAGUCGGCGACUUUAUCACUAGUUCUCCUGACCAAAGCCGGCUUCCCGCAGCCACGCUGCAAAGUGAUCAGAACGCUGGGCCUUUCUCACGACGUCUCACGCCCGGUACACAGAAGGAGUCUGGUCGAAACGGGUGCUCUAAAUGCUAUGGUGAGAAGAUACAUAUGCUGUAA